GAGCUCUGUUUUCUGGGUGUCUAGCAACAGCUAACCAGCCCCGCCAGGCAGACAUCAGCCGGCGGCUGCAGCAGCAACGAUUCUCGGUGUGUCUUCCAGAAAAUUGGUGGCCGUCGGGUUCUUCACAUUUUGUUGAGACAGAGUCGCUCGCCCCGGGGCGGGGGGGAAGAGUGGGAAGACAACCGCGAGCCCUGCGCAAAGAUAUGAGCGGCAGCGGGCGGCCCAGGACCAGCUCGUUUGCUGAGCCGCCAGGAGUUCCAGGAGCCGCCGCGCCCGCCGGAUCAGCCGCUGCCGUGGGGAGCAGCACAGGAAAGUCCGGGGUCCCACAGGCCUCCGGCAGUAGCUUGUCGGGAUGCUCGAACCUCAAGCUCGCCAGUUUCCUAGGAGACAGUGGCAAGGUGACGACGGUGGUGGCCACGCCGGGCCAGGGCCCGGACCGCCCGCAAGAAGUCUCCUACACUGACAUCAAGGUGAUCGGCAACGGCUCGUUCGGGGUGGUCUACCAGGCGCGCCUCGUCGACAGCCAGGAGAUGGUGGCCAUCAAGAAGGUCCUCCAGGAUAAGAGGUUCAAGAAUCGUGAACUGCAGAUCAUGAGGAAGCUGGACCACUGUAACAUCGUCAGACUACGUUACUUCUUCUACUCCAGUGGAGAGAAGAAGGAUGAAGUGUACCUCAACUUGGUGCUGGACUUUGUGCCUGAGACGGUCUACAGGGUCGCCCGGCAUUUCAACAAGAACAAGAGCAUCAUUCCUAUCAUCUACGUCAAGGUGUACAUGUACCAGCUCUUUCGCAGUUUGGCUUACAUCCACUCGCAAGGCGUGUGUCACCGGGACAUCAAGCCGCAGAACCUGCUGGUGGACCCCGAAACUGCCAUCCUCAAGCUCUGUGACUUUGGCAGCGCCAAGCAGCUGGUGCGCGGCGAGCCCAACGUGUCGUACAUCUGCUCUCGCUACUACCGGGCACCCGAGCUCAUCUUUGGCGCCACCGACUACACGGCCAACAUCGACAUCUGGUCGGCGGGCUGCGUCCUGGCCGAGCUGCUGCUGGGCCAGCCCAUCUUCCCCGGCGACAGCGGUGUAGACCAGUUGGUGGAGAUCAUCAAGGUGCUCGGCACCCCGACCAGGGAGCAGAUCCGGGAAAUGAAUCCCAAUUACACAGAGUUCAAGUUCCCGCAGAUCAAAGCGCAUCCGUGGACCAAGGUGUUCAAACCGCGCACGCCGCCGGAGGCCAUCGCGCUCUGCUCUCGGUUGCUGGAGUACACGCCGGCCUCGCGCCUCUCGCCGCUGGAGGCCUGCUCGCACACCUUCUUCGACGAGCUGCGGCAGCCCAACGCGCGGCUGCCCAGCGGACGGGAGCUGCCCGUGCUCUUCAACUUCAGCACGACAGAGUUGUCGAUCCAACCGCAGCUGAACUCCACACUCAUCCCUCCGCACGCCCGUGCGCACACCGCUGCUUCCUCUCACGAUGGUACCGGCCCAGACCCCUCCCAACUGGGAUCGGUACGAGGAUCUCUCAACAGCAUCUGAAGCAGCCAGUCGCCUGCCUGCCCGGCCAGCCUCCUUCUCUCUCCCUAAUACACAGUCACAUACACACACACAUAAAUAUAUAUAUAUGUUCAUCUCCGCGCUGCUCACGCUCCUCGUAGAUCAUGUUUUUGUACAGUGGACGCAUCCAUCAACACCCCAGCCGGAGACUAUCAAACAGUUAGGACAGACACACGCACGCACGCACAUGUACUCUACACACAAACAACAGUUGCACACAGCGCUGUCUGGCUGCUGCUCCAGUGGUAUGUGAAGGUUCGAUAGUGGGGGCUGGUCCUCUGUAAUAUAAUUUUUUUUUUGGAUUGACUUUUUUCAUCUCCAUCCCCUUUCUCCCCACCUAUGUUCGUCUUUUAUUUAUUUGAACACAUCACACCCACAUUUCCUCAUUUGCGUCAUAUUUUUCUGUUCGCUGAGUUUGAAACCAUGUGUCAAGUGCGUACGAGGUCGACCGGACACUGCCUGAGCCUCAGAAUGUUCUCGUCAGGCCGUAGAUGUUCACUCAGGAGAUACGCCCAACUUCUACCAGGCUCUUUUUUUUUUUUUUUUUCUUAAGAUAUUUUUUAUGUUCUGCUUCCGUCCAUUUGUACCUACUUUGCAGAAGCCUCCUUUUUAGCGAAUUUUAUUGAGCAUUGUUUUAAGACACUUUUAUUUAAACAGCCUUGAGACAUUCUUGCAUAUUCCCAUCAUGCACUCAUUGAUGUAGAAAUAAUUUGGACCGGGAGUACAGAGUAUACAGUGAUUCCCUGCGCAGAUAGUUCAACUGUAAAGGUGAAGCGUGUUUAUGUGGGCAGGGCAUUUGUUGGUCCACAUGUAGCAGCACACGGCUUCAUCUUUCAUGUUUUAAUUUUCAGGCACAUUCAUGUUGUAACUGGAGGCUUUUGAAAUGAAAUCCUCCUCCCACUGUCAUGGCAUCUGAUAAAUAUUGUUUAUUUGAUCUCGGUCUUGUUUUUUUAUUAUUAUUAUAUUACAGAGCUGUUUAUAUCUUCUGUCACUCCUUCUGUCCAUACGUUUGUGCUUGUUUAUUCUGUAAAUACACCUCUGUGUCGCUGUGUAAAUAUUGCAAAGAAAAAUCUUGUCCUGUUUGUCUGACACCUUUCCUUCUCUCUUUUUCUUUGCUUCCUGUGCAGUAGAUUUUUCACGUCAGGUUCUGCCAAAUGAAUCUCACACAAAAAUAUCCUGCAAGUGGUGCUCGCUCGUGGAUUAGUAGCUAUGACUUCCCCCCUCGUCAUUUAUUGGUGUGGUGGGGAUCUUCACUUGAUUUGGCAACGGCGCUGCUUGCGUGCUUGCAACGUUCAGAUUUCUGUGCAGUAUUUAGGUGCAAGUUACAAGAGCUACCUUUUGUCACUUGGUGUCCCAUAAUGUCCAAGUGUAAGGACAUUCUGUAUUGUAAGGAGCUCAGAUGUGCUGCUAAUUAUCAUUUUGUGGCGUGACUGCAAACAAACGUUGUGUUUGUUUAUUUUACCACAUUUUUAAAAUCAUAACCUUUGAGUUAUGCACUGAGCUAAGAAGGAGAGAGAAAGAAAAGCCAACCUGUUUGUCUCUGUUUUGUGUGUGCGCGUGUGGAUGUGAAUUCAUUUACUGUAAUUAAAGUUAUGAUGAAAAUGUGCUUGA